AUAAGAAAACAAGCGUGUUCCUUGUUUAUUCCUAUUAUAAGGCCUUUUCAUAGUUUUUGAUCUGCAUUGCGUAAUCCAAUGUUGAAAUAAUUAAACUAUGCUAUCUCCCUGGCGAGGAUAUCAGAUUAGCUAACUGUUAAUUUCUCUGCCCUUUGAUCCACUAACAAUUUUAAUCCUAAUCAUCCUAUCAGUUUUAAUGAGAACAUCAUUAAACUGUAAUUAGAAACCACAAUUUCUAAUUUGAAACUCUAAAUUCAUUCGCAAUCAAGUUCUGGUCCUACCUGUUAGGCCUUAUUUUCUCUCCUUCAGUUAUUUAAUUAACUCAGCUAAAACUUUAUGGGUUUACUCUUGGCUCCUAAUAGUAAAUAGCGCUCCCCCUAGUGCUUGGCUGGUGAAGUGACAUUGCCUCCACGGUGGGCCCCGGCCACGGGAUUCCGCUGGACAAUUUAACCUUUCACCAAGCCUAGGGUAUAAGAACCUUAACCUUCCAAUUAGCAAAACCCCAAAAAGGAAAUUAGGGUUUCCUCAAAACUUAGGACAGUUGGUUUUAUCUUACUAAAACAGCAAAACCAAUCCCAUAAGUGUAUCCAUUCAACAGCACCACCACGCUGACACCCUUGUUACUAAUCCUAAAAUUGGGAGCAACUCCUCACUCUUCUUCCUCUUCUCUUGUCUCCUUGCUGCUAUCUUCUAAUUUGAUUAUUGCUACUGUUUGCUGAGAUUGUGCCUGUAGGACGGUCACAAGCAGAGGACUUUAACCCUUGAACAGGUAUUUGUGGAACUUGAGACGACAUUUCAAAACUGUUUUCCAUUUAAUGUCCCCUCUGUGAAAUCCUACACUGCCAGGCUAAAACAGGUCACCGAGAAGGUAGACGUCGGAAAACUUUAAGCACGCACGAAGGACACUCUAACUAGCGUUGUGGUGUCAGUUUGCCAUUAAGGGACCAGUACUGUCAUUGCUAUUGUUUUCCUUCACCCCGGAAAAAAUUAAUAGCAAUCACAGGCUUACAAAAAAAAAAAUUUCCCAUUUACAAUCCUCUGACUAGAAGCAGGGUUUAAAUUGGGCCGGGGCCGUCCGGGGCUAAGCCCCGGCACAUAGACUCCAGGGCUCGACAUUAACGCUUCAUUAAUGCCAGACAAGUAACAUGAUUAAAACAUCAAUAACCAAAAAUAACUAUGUAAACACCAAAACUCAAGUAUUAUUCUGAUUUUAUUACAUUUAGAGUAAGUGGCGAAUAGUGGAUAGCUACUGUAUAUAAUGCAUCUAUUGACAGUAUAAGGUUGCGCUGCUGAGGCGCAACCUUAUACUGAUUUCUCCAGGAGAAAUCUUCAGGAGAAAUCAAAACACGCAACACUAAGAAACUCAGCAUACUGAGGUAACAAUUCAAAAUGGAAAGUUUUUAUAUUUAAAAUACACAGUUAGUUACGCAACAUCAUUCACCAUUACGACUGUUUAAUAGUUCUAUAAACAGUUCAAUGAGCAAAUACAGUAAUAUUAGGUCACUUUUUUGGCGGAACCACAGCGCAUUUCAAAGCAACCAUCUGAUUCAUUGCUGAAUGAUUCAGUGUUUUGAAGGAAUCGGUUGAGUCAAAGUAUCAUUAGCCCAUGCAUAAACAUCUGAUGAAUCUGACGUUUGAAUGAACGUCUCAAUGACUCCCUCAUUAAACGCUCACUACUGGCACCUACUGGCGUUUUAAUUUAGUUUAAAAGUAUAAUUUCCACCAUUUCUUGUUUGUAUAUUCAAACAUUUUUUUUAAGAAUCUCAUAAUUGAAUGUAGUUGUAUUUUUCAGUGUAAGUGAUUUUAAUUUGAUAAAUUGAUAUAGAUAAUAACAAUCACAUUAUUAUAAUUGAAUUUAUAGAUCAAAUGUAAGAAUUUGAAAUGAAAGUUAAUGAGAUUAGUGGGAAAAUGCCCUCUAUAAAGGUAAAAAAAAAAAAAACAUGCAGAUUUAUAGCCUAUGUCACAGCUGAUAGAAAACCGAUGAGAAUAUUGCAUUAGAAUAAAUCAUAUUUGCAAAAAAACAAAACACACACACACAUAAUACAUAUAUAUUUCCAUUGUCCUCAUUUGUAAGUCACUUUGGAUAAAAGUGUCUGCUAAAUUACUAAAUGUAAAUGUGUGUGUGUGUGUGUAUAUAUAUAUAUAUAUAUAUAUAUAUAUAAGCUCGAUACCAUAGAGCCCCCCCACAUAACAAAUCCCAAUUUAACCCCUGACUAGAAGCACCCUUCAAAAUCAGACUUAAUAAAAAAAAAAAAUACGAGAAAAAUCUGAUACCAGAAAGGAGUAUUUUGUUUUGACUUUCCCUUACAGGAAAAAGGGAAGCACCCAAGUAUUACCCUGUUCCUGGCUCUGUUGGUGUUCUUCUUUCCUUUCUCUGUUCUCCAGCUGUGCGACCUGUGUGUGUGUGUGCUCAAUUUUCCCCCACAGAGGCUACAAAUUAGAAGCACGCCCCCCAGAGGACCACAGUCACAGAGAACCACACUCACCUGCUCAUCACACACUUUACAUUGCACUCUUACACCCCUGUUUGCUUUGUUUGUUUUGUUUUUCUCUUCAGGGUCUGUGUCAGUCGCGGUUCGAGGUACCCCUCAUUCCGCCAAAACAUGUCUCGCACAACGGAACAUGGCGGCCAUUGGGAAGAUCUAGAAACAUGGCUAAGUGUUGCGACAGACAGCCUCCUCCCUAAGGCUGCUGAAACACUCAAACAUCAGACACAGGACCAGCUAGAUGACAACAUAACAAGCCUCAUGGCACAAGACCCAAGUCAAAGCUACACUCACAAAGAAUUAGCCAAGAUCACCGGCUCCUUAAGUCACACACUCAUCGCCACCCUCAAAUUGAGCGACAAGCACGCUGCACACCUACAGCAGGAGCUGACACGCGCACAACGACGCAUCGAGCAGCUGGAACUGGAAGCUCAUGAACAACGGGAAAGGCCUGAUGAGGUGGAACAAGGCGCUGAGGAGGAGAUCAACAAGCUAAAAGAAACCCUAGUAGCUAACACCAAAGAAAUGGAACAGGUCAAGGCAGACUAUUCUGAUCAUUCUAACAAGCUACAGUAUGCAGAACAGCUACUGGAAAAGGCAAGGGCUGACUUCAGGGAUAAAAACGGCAGAAUCAAAACCCUUGAAACUCACCUGGAUGAAUCAAGAAACGAGAUCAGCCUAACACGACAGCUCGACUACCUCAAAGAGGAAUCCGAUAGUUUCCAAGAGGAACUCAAGCACGCUUACGAACUGCGCCGUGAGCCGUCGAGGACAUGACGCGCACCGACCUCACCCCUGCCGAGCAGGACCGGGUCACCUGUUCCUGGACUGACACGUGAGCAAAAGGUGGAGGGGGUGGUGUCGAAACAUUCACCAGCUCCCUCUGAAGAACUUCACCUCACGGCAAAGCCAAAAGAACCUGCCGCAACCAGCUGCGGAUCUUCGCAUGGCUUGGACCUAAAAGACCUCUGGAGCGGAGCACUGAACCAGGAAGUUGGUCGCCAGAUAACACGGGUACCAGUUAAACCAUAACACCAGCAGGGACGCAGCAAAGCAAAAACACUUCAGAGUCCACACACUCCACAUUGUGACACAGGGUAAAUCCACAGGUAGGCAGGAAGGAGUUUUAAACGGUUUACAACGGAGUCCCACAGGGUAGUGUAUUAGGUCCUCUUUUGUUUUUAUUAUAUAUCAAUGAUAUCCAGGCUGUUUGUGAGUGUAAUAUGUUCUUAUAUGCCAAUGAUGCUGCUUUAUUGGCUUCUGGGAAGGAGACUAAUAAAAUUCAAGAAAAGUUAGGUGAAGAGUUAGUUAAGGUGAAGGAUUGGCUGUCGGAAAAUAAGCUUUUAUUACAUUUAGGAAAAACAGAAUCUAUUAUUUUUGGGUCUAAGUAUAAACUGGGUAAGGAGGAUGAUUUAGUAAUCAAAGUUGAUGGGUAUGAACUAACUAAUAAAACAUUGGUCAAUUAUCUAGGAUGUGUUCUGGACAAUAAUUUAAGUGAGGCUAGUAUGGCUAGGAAAGUAUCUGGAAAAGUUAAUGCUAGAAUUAAGUUUAUAGCAAGAUAUGCUGUUUUUUUUUUGGAUAGAUAGUUUAAAGGUACUUGCUACAGGCUUAGUUCAGUGCCAUUUUGAUUACGCUUGUUAUUCGUGGAUGACCAAUUUAUCCAGAACUUGAAUGAUAAAGUUACAAAAAUCACAGAAUAAACUGAAAAGGUUAGUUUUAGGAUUACAUUGUUUUAGUCAUGUGGAUAAUAUACACUUUCAACAGCUUGGUUGGUUACCAAUUGAAAGAAAAUUAGUAUUACAGAAAUUAAAAAUAGUACAUAAAAUCAUUAAUGACAGGGCUCCAGUAUAUUUUAUUUUAUCAUAUUCAGGUGCUAAGGAAUGGAAUAUGCUGCCGUUAGAUAUUAAGGUUUUAGCAAAUUGUGAGGGUUUCAGAAUAAGGGUGAAGAGGCUGUUUUUAGAUAGGAUGUCUUAAAACGUAUAAGGAAAUGUUGAUCUGUUUGUUAUUUUA